CUCACAUGAAGUUCCUGAGCCGCAAAAAGGAAACGAAUGUCACCUCUUAUGUGCUCAGUCAUUCGCUACCACAAAACGAUGCAGAUUCUCACAAGGGAACCCGGGAACUAAGCCAGCCAUGGCUACUGAACUCUCAUCCAACUGGAAGAAGCUGCAAGCCAAGAUCAAGGCCGAGUCGGCCUCGAAGCCAGCAGUGAAAAGAAAAGCAGACGACAGUGCACUCGGUCACCGGGAGGGACUGAAGAAGAAACAGAAACACCAGCACGAUCAGAAAGCAAAACCAACCAAGUCUCCAACAUCAGCGCCUAAACCACCUUCAAAGCCUCCCAACUCAAAAGACAAACCCCUCAUGGGCAACACCCAAUCGUCCAAAAUCGACCCUGUGCCGCCCAAACACGGCGUGGCGCCCUCCUUGGCCCUCUGGGCAGCAGACAACGACAUCUCGCCGGAGUCCAUCGCCGAAGCCUACGGACUUGGGUUGCAUUCCAGCUCCCUGCUCUCCAAGGACAACGCAGCCCGUCCCAACGAAGGCUUGGCACCCAACCUCGAACUAGGCAAGUACCUGGGCAUCGACUGCGAGAUGGUGGGUGUGGGUGAGGGUGGGCACGACGACGCGCUAGCGCGGGUGAGCGUGGUUGACUUCCACGGGCGCCAGGUCUACGACUCGUACGUGAAGCCGCGGGAGAGGGUGGUGGACUGGCGGACGCAUGUCAGCGGCGUGGCGCCCAAGCACAUGGCGAAGGCCAGGACGUUCGACGAGGUGCAGGGCCAGAUCGCCGAGCUCAUGAAGGGACGGAUCAUCGUGGGACACGAUGUCAAGCACGACCUAAGGGUGCUGGAGCUGGAUCGUCCCAGUAAGAUGAUUCGCGAUACGGCAAAGUUUUCCGGGUUCAGGAAGUUCGGGCACGGACCGAAGCCUGCGCUGCGGGUGUUAGCGAGAGAGCUAUUGGGAGUCGAGAUCCAGACCGGGCAGCACUCGAGCAUAGAGGAUGCGCGGGUUGCGAUGCUGCUGUUCAGGAAGCACAAGCCGGCAUUCGACAUGGAGCACGCGAAUCGAUACCCGGACGAGAAGCCGAAGAAGGCCAAAGGGAAGAAGACGAAGAAACGUUGAAUUUAGCGCCAAGGACUAUGCUAUGCUGCGUAAGAUACCCAUUGUACCCAGUUCCUCUACCCUCUUAGGAGGGAUUUAUCUCGAUGACCGCAGACCACCCGGAAGGAGAAAGACGUACGGCAAAGGUCAUGCCAAUUCCGUAACAGCCGAAUACCCUCGAUCAGCUCCGUGGCGCCCUCCCGACCAACCGUGAUGAUUACGUCUCCCAGGGGCGUGGUUAAGAAGUCAGCUUCGCAACAUGUGAAGUAGUACUGGACUUAGGUCAGCGAUGUUCAUGGGGUAGGGGGUUGGGAGCCA